GACACGGGAGACAAUCCGGAGUGUUACAUAGAGGAGUUAUCCUUGCAAGACAACGGGUCCUAUGCCACGGUGUACCGCUUCACUAAAUACAGAAGGAACAUGUUUUACCUUGGCAUCAACUGCGACCCCAUGCUGGGAAGACUGGCCGACCCCAACUCAAAGUCCUCCAGGUUCAUCAGGGUUGUCGUCAGUGACGUAGAAGCUAGGUCUGCGAAAGAUGCCGUUUCUAAAUCUGGCUCAGACAGCAGUGUGAGGCCCAAAUGUGUGAGUCCCGCUGACAAACGGCGAGCCGCCAAAGCUAAACGCCAAAAACUCAAAUGGCGGUGGUGCUGGAAUUUAGACAGAAUGAUCCAGAAGCGACAUGCCUACAUGGAGAGAUGUAGGAAGCGAGAAAGAACUCGGACGUGUGAUAACAGUCAUGAGGACGAGGAGGGGACAAAGAAAAGAUGUGUUUGUGAUAUUUUGAGAUCAAUGCUGCUCAAACCAAAGAGAGCCAGAAGAAAAUGCCUGGUAGAAAAACUGUCAAAGUGGGUAGAAAAUCAAAAUGCGACCGCACAUUCAAGUGCAGUUCUGGAGGCUAGCAGGUUGCUGGUGCGAAACUAUCCAGCGAUUGCAAGAAGAAUGCGAUUGCUAAAGGCUAGAAAGAACAAAAAGAGACAACAUCACAGAGGUCUGCUAGAUCAGAAAAUUCCAAAAGACAAUCAAGAA